AUGCGAUCGUUCACCCUUUUUGCUCUGAGUCUCCUCGGAGCCACGGCUGCUGCUUUCCCCACCUCUACCAAUCCCACGCACUCGGAUGUUGUGUCUCUGACCCACAAUUCAUUCUACGAUUUCAUAGAGCAGCAUGACCUGGUUUUGGUUAAUUUCUAUGCACCGUGGUGUCAUUAUUCCAAAGAGUUAGCCCCUAGAUUCGAGGAAGCGGCCACAGUGCUGAAAACCGACAACAUUCCCCUAGCCAAGGUGGACUGCACCCUGGAAAGAAGGCUAUGCUCUGAUUAUGGGAUUCGUGGUUAUCCUACUUUGAAAGUGUUUCGUGGCCUCGAGUCGGUUGAGCGAUACCCUGGCUCUCGUCGAACAGAAUGGAUUGUCUCACAUAUGAGGAAGGAGUUGGCUUUCUCUCAGGCUGGAGAAGGCUUGUAUCUUCAAACCUAUGACUAAACUAGCAUC